AUGAUGAUUAAAUGCAGUGUUGGGGAGUCACCUGCUGCCGAAGUUUCCUCAUCUUUUGUGAUCCUAUCUGUGUGCAGUUUCAUUAUAUUAAUCGUAUUAAUUGCAAAUUGUGUAUCCUGCUGUAAAGACCCAGAAAUAGACUUUAAGGAAUUUGAAGAUAAUUUUGAUGACGAGAUAGAUUUCACACCACCAGCAGAAGAUACUCCCUCCGUUCAGUCCCCAGCAGAAGUGUUCACACUUUCCGUACCAAAUGUUUCACUACCAGCUCCAUCCCAGUUCCAGCCUUCUGCAGAAGGUUUGAAGUCUCAAGUUGCCCGCCACAGUCUAAACUAUAUACAGGAAAUUGGAAAUGGCUGGUUUGGAAAGGUCCUCCUUGGAGAGAUUUACACAGGCACUAGUGUAGCAAGAGUAAUAGUGAAGGAGUUAAAAGCAAGUGCAAGCCCAAAGGAACAAGAUACUUUUUUGAAAAAUGGAGAACCGUAUUAUAUUCUUCAGCAUCCGAAUGUUCUUCAAUGCGUCGGGCAGUGUGUAGAAGCGAUUCCCUACCUUCUGGUGUUUGAGUUCUGUGACCUGGGCGAUCUGAAAGCGUACCUGCGCAACGAGCAGGAGCACGUGCGGGGGGACUCGCAGACCAUGCUGCUGCAGCGGAUGGCGUGUGAGAUCGCCGCGGGGCUGGCCGCCAUGCACAAGCUGCACUUCCUGCACAGCGACUUAGCCUUGCGGAAUUGUUUUCUUACCUCGGAUCUAAAUGUGAAAGUGGGAGACUAUGGAAUAGGAUUCAGCAGGUACAAGGAGGAUUAUAUUGAAACAGAUGACAAGAAAGUUUUCCCUCUGCGAUGGACUGCUCCAGAGUUAGUAACCAGCUUUCAAGACAGACUACUAACUGCAGAUCAAACUAAGUACAGUAACAUUUGGUCCCUGGGUGUGACGCUUUGGGAACUUUUUGAUAAUGCUGCUCAGCCGUAUUCCAACCUUUCCAACUUGGAUGUUCUUAACCGGGUCAUUCGAGAGAGAGACACAAAACUCCCCAAGCCCCAGCUGGAGCAGCCUUAUUCUGACAGAUGGUAUGAAGUUUUGCAGUUCUGCUGGUUGCCACCAGACAAGAGACCAGUGGCCGAGGACGUGCACAGACUGCUCACCUACCUGCGCAUGCAAAGCCAGAGGGACUCGGAGGUCGACUUCGAACAACAGUGGAACGCUCUGAAACCAAAUACACACACCAGGGACACUUCCAACAGCGCUGCGUUCCCCAUCCUCGACCAUUUCUCCAGGGAUCGGCUUGGUCGUGAAAUGGAGGAAGUCCUCACCGUGACGGAAACCAGCCAGGGCCUGAGCUUUGAGUAUGUCUGGGAGGCAGCUAAGCACGACCACUUUGAUGAACGCAGCCGGGGCCCCCCAGACGAGGCCUUGUCUUACACGAGCAUCUUCUUUCCAGUUGAAGUGUUUGAGAGUUCACUUUCAGAUCCCGGGCCCGGGAAACAAGACAGCAGUGGCCAGGAAGUCCCCGUGAGAGCCCCGGGAGUGGUUCCCGUUUUUGAUGCCCACAACCUUUCUGUUGGAAGCGACUAUUACAUCCAACUAGAAGAAAAAAGUGGUAGCAACUUGGAGCUCGAUUACCCACCUGCACUGCUUACCACUGAACUGGAGAAUCCAGAGAGGACGAGUGACAAGGCGCCCCAGUUUCUGACACUCAGGGGCCUUGAGUUUGAGGAAUCCAGUACAGAUGAGGAUUUCUUCCAAAGCAGUACAGACCCCAAAGAUCCCAGCACCCCUGAGGACAUGCGUGCCACCAGGGGCCCCGAGAGCCCUUUCAACAAUAUAUUUAAUGAUCUUGACAAAUCGGAGGAUCUGCCCAGUCACCAAAAAAUAUUUGACUUAAUGGAACUGAAUGGGGUUCAAGUGGACUUGAAGCCGACCACUUUAAGUUCAAGUUUGGACGACCCCAAAGACUCACUAAUAACAGGCCACCUUGAGAAAGAAAAGCCCGACAAGCUUUUUGACUGUGAGCCUCUUUGCUUCUCAGAAAGCCUUGCGCACCAAGAUAAUUUUGAUCCACUGAAUGUGCAAGAAUUGUCAGAAAACUUUUUAUUUCUUCAAGAGAAAAACUUAUUAAGAGACUCAUUGUGUAGCAAAGAACAUAUAAAUGACCUUCAAACAGAACUUAAAAAUGCUGGUUUUACGGAAACCAUGUUAGAAACUCCAUGUAGGAACACUUUAGACACCAAGUUUAAGUUUGCUGAAAAUAAACCAGGCUUUUCUUUGUUGCAGGAAAACAUAAGCGCAAAGGGUCAAGACACACGUGUUGUGCUCAAGGACCACGCUUUGAGCACCUCGUGGCCGUCUUCCCCGGAAGUGCAGGUACCUCCUACCUCGCUCGAAACAGAAGGAACACCUCACAGCGCACCAACAGAUACGUUCCCGAAGCCGGGAGAAACCACGCCCAGGCGUUUAGAUGUCAGCAUCCAUGACGACCGUCUUGGCCAAGAAGCAAAUGUAGAUUCUGUGAUCGUCCCAGUUGAAAUUCCCUCCGCCGAUGCUGGAGCAAACAGCACAGGCCCUGAGUCCCACGAGCUGACUCAGCAAAGUGAAGAGGCCUCGAGACGGACCCAGAGUGACUCUGCUCUGGUGGAUGACAUCUUUGCCAGGGAAGCGAGUACAGAGAGUAGUCUUCCGGAACUGAGACAAAACCUGCAAAAGCAACCCCCUUCAGAAGACCAUCCCAGUGACCGUCCACUAGAGAAGAGCCCGGGAGCCGGGGACACUGCGCAUCAGCUCAGCUGUAAAGAUGCUGCAGCCGAAGGGGGCUUGGUGUCCGCCCUUUCCUCGGACUCGACUAGUCAGGACAGCCUUCUGGAAGACAGCUUGUCAACACCCAUUCCAACUUCAGAACAGUCGGUGGAGACCCCCGAUUCUCUGGACUCCGUGGACGUCCAUGAGGCUCUGCUGGGUCCUCUAGGGGGCGGGCAGGAGAAACUCAUGCCCCCUGACAAGCCUGCAGACAGUGGAUACGAGACCGAGAACUUGGAGUCGCCUGAGUGGACUCUGCACCCUGCUCCCGACGGUGCCUCAGCCUCAGACCUGGCCCUAGCAGGCGACAGCCGUCAUGGCGAGUUGCCUCCCAACCCUGUCAUCGUCAUCUCAGAUGCAGCUGACGGCCACAGAGGGACCGAAGUGACCUCCCAGACCUCCGCAGCUGGCUCUCAGAGCUCACACCGCGACUCUGCCUACUUCUCAGAUAACGAUUCUGAACCUGAUAAGAAGUCGGAGGGGGUCCAAGGAACCUCAGUGUCAGCUUUGGCAUUGGUGAUGGGUCAGCCUCUGCCAGAGCCAGUCAUCCCGGAGCAAAGUCCUGGCACCGCGGACAGUGGCCUGGAAACCAGAAGCAGCCCGCCAGACCAAAGUGGUCUGUCUGCUUGGCAGAAUUCCAGUCUCCUGGAAUCAGGAGAAAUGGCCCAGCCAGCACUGACAGACAGUUCCAAAGAGCUGCAUGCUCCUGAAGACGAGGCUGGCAGUCCCUCGAGUGUGGUAAACUCGGAGCUGAGCAGCGGCGAUGAUUUCGAGGCACAAGAAGAGCCCCCCUGCACCAUCGCCUCCACCGGGACAAACACCAACGAGCUCCUUGCGUUCGCCAGUUCCACCCUCCGCUCCGGCAGCCCGUCGGACCUGCCGGUGGAUCAGCCCUUCCCCAGCCCCGCGGAGGGCCCCAAGCUGAAGGAGCCAGACAUCGAGGGGAAGUACCUGGGGAAGCUUGGCGUGUCGGGGAUGCUCGACCUCUCCGAGGACGGGAUCGAUGCAGACGAGGAAGAUGAGAACAGCGACGACUCGGACGAGGACCUGCGGGCGUUCACCCUGCACAGCCUCAGCUCCGAGUCGGAGGAUGAGGUCGAGCACCCUGUCCCCGUGAUCCUCAGCAACGAGGACGGGAGGCACCUGCGGAGCCUGUUGAAACCCCCGGCGGCGGCUGCUGCUGACCAGCUGCCGGACGCCUGGAAGAAAGAAAAGAAGGCAGUGACCUUUUUUGAUGACGUCACCGUCUAUCUGUUUGACCAGGAGACCCCAACCAAAGAGCUGGGACACUGCGGGGCAGAAGCCCGUGGCCCUGAGCGGAGCAGCCCAGCACCGCCCUCGGGUUCCCCCUACCUGAGCAGGGGCAUAAAUUCCGAAAGUUCCACCGAUGAAGAAGGUGGAGGCUUUGAAUGGGAUGACGACUUCUCCCCAGACUCCUUUAUGUCAAAGACAACGAGUAACCUUCUUAGUUCCAAGCCAUCUCUGCAGACUUCUAAGUACUUUUCUCCACCGCCACCGCCCCGGAGCGCGGAGCAGAGCUGGCCCCAGACGGCGCCGUACUCCCGGUUCUCCAUCUCUCCCGCCAGCAUCGCCAGCUUUUCUCUCACACAUCUUACCGACUCGGAUAUUGAGCCAGGAGGAAGCAGUGAAGAUGGAGAAAAAGAUUAGGUGGAUGGUGAUGCACUCUCAGGUUCCAGGCUGCUUCCCCGCGGCGGCGGGCCUGUGCUGCCCACCGAACAGCGCCAUCCACGCGACAUCUGCUGAGGCGGGACAGGGAGAAAGACUCAGAGGCGGAGAGGGAGCCAGCACUGGGCCCCGAGCCCGGUACCCACGGCAGGAAACCCGUCUAGGGAGCCGGGGUCCUGUCUCGCGGGGUUUGCUGCCCUGGCAGCUGCGCGCCUGCAGCCGCUCUCACCACUACAGACACUCGGGCUCUGGUCUUCCUUGGGGAGGGCUGGCACUGCUCAGGUGCGUGGAGAGCUGUGGGCUCCCGGCUGUUUCUGGUUUCCACGCGGGGUUCUCUGUCCACACCCGUGCAUCCGUCUGCGCACGGGCCCAGAGGACGCGUGGUGGGACUGGGCACCGUGAGCCAUAUUUAUUAUUUGUAAGAAAUCACUAAUUGCUUCUGUAAUUGCACUGUGGGUACAUGUUCUAAGAGUCCCUGAUAUUGUACAGAAUCUUAAGUUAUUCAAGGAAAAUAAGGCAGGUCAAGCUGGUGCUGCCCACUAGUUUGAUUUUUUGGUUGUAUUAUAGUUUAUUUGCUCUGCAUGGUACUUGUAAAGCUGAAAUAUUUGGAGUGUGUGCAGUCCUUAGAGUUGCUGGAGUUGUACAGAUGGUCCUCUUUCGUAAACGAUAACUGAUUCCGAACGCUAGUGCUUCGAGCCUCAUAGGAAAGGUUUGGAUGAGCCCAGAGAGACUGCUCUUCGGUCGAUGGGCUGGAACCCCUGUUGUCUCUUCUCGACGCGGUGGUUUCCCUGUAGCGGAGGAGGCUUCUCUGAGGAGCUGAGGGCCUUGCAGCCUCUGUGUGAUUCCCCACCCCGAUUUCUAAACCCUUUGGGUAAACACCAACAGGUGGUGCGCCCCAGCACUGAGUGCUGGUUAGACUGUGCGGUCCCCGGGCCCUUCCCCCAGAGGCACUUCCCUCCAAGCUGCCAUCACUGGACACCUGCUUGGCUUUCAGAAGCGCAGGCUGCUGUGGCUUCCGUGUCCUUGGAACUCCUUCCGCAGGAAGGUGGGAACUCGGAGGGAGGAGCUGCUCCCCCAGGCCUCUGGCAACACGAGGGUUUGAUUCUGUUUGUAAAAGCUCAGCCUCUGGUGUUGAGCUCUUAAUACCCCCGAGCGGAACUUUCCCCUAGAACCCCUCCGAGGCCUGUCACGGCCAGGUGGCUGGUGUCUGCAGCCGAGGAGGUGCCCUGCAUCCCAUCCCGCAACUGAGGAAGGAGGGACGAGGGACAGCGGCGGAGCCUCCGCAGCCAGCAUGUCCUCCUGGUUGGAAGCGGGGCAGCCCUGCCUGGCCGCUCACCCAGACGCCACCCCGGGGCGCACUGCACUGACCCUCCCGUCUGCGUUAAGCACCGAGUUCUCCCCUUGCUUGGAAAAGUGCAACCUCAUAGUGUUGGUGGCCUCCUCCUGCAGUUCUGAGUCCUGGGGGCUCGGCGUGUCCAUCCUGAAGCCAGGUCUGCAGGCCCCACAGGCUGCCCUUCCCAGUGUUCUCGGUGCUGAGGUGCUUUCCCACUCCAGCCGGGCCCUAGGCUGACUCCAGGCCCAGGGGGCCCCGGGGUGUAAGUCACAGGAACGCCGUCCCAGGGCGAGAUGCAAACGUGUACACUGGCUAGAGUGUAGUAAAUGUUGAUCCUUAUUACCAAUUCUGGUUCACUCCACUAACUUCUUAUACUAGCAAUAACGUUCCAGAGUGAGAGACUUCAGAUGGAGAAGAGCCCUUCCCCCCCACUUGCUGUGAGCAUGGAGCACCACGGGGCGGGGGGCGCUGCUGGGAGCUGGACCCUGUGGUGUGCACUUUGAAAAGUUAACAGGGCAUUAGAAGGUGAUUUUGCCAAAGUUGCCAAACUCUGAGUUUCUUACUUAUGGAGACUUCCUGAGCUUUCUGAAUUUUUACAUCUAACUACCAGCUUGGUUUAGAGAGAAAUAAGGCCAUUAUACUAGAUUUUUCAAAGUAUAGGUUUAAGGGGUUCAGACUUAAUGACUAAAAUCAAGCCGAUCUAUAGAAUAUAUAGUCUUACACAGUCAGCCCAGGCUAAAUCUGGUGUUUUGGGGUUGACCAUUUUUCACUAUGAUCAAGGAGAUUUUAACAACAUAAUUCUCAUUUUUAUUUAUUUUAAGUCUGUGUCGAUCUCAUAAUUGCCAAAAAGGCAUUUUAUACAUUGAGUUGGGGGGGAGGGGUUGGAGUAGAUCUUACUGUGGGGUUGCAUGGUGGGGAAUAUUUUAUAUUUAUAAUGAACACGUGCGUGAACAUGUUCUUUUGAAAUCUCAAGCAAUACACAGGAAGUAAAUCGUGUACACUAAAAUUUUCAGCCCAUUUUUGAAAUGCCAGCGUGUGCUUUGUUUUUUUUUUACUCAGUUGUAUAAAAGUAGUGGGUUUUCAAGCAGUACUUGCUCUAGUAAAUUAUGCAGUGAAAUAAAUCAGUGAUUCUCUAGGGAAUACAGGUGGGGUUUGAAGUACCUGCCUCACAACAUUUCCUGGCCUCCCUUGGAAUUGAUCAGGUUUCAAUGAGUCUUACUUUGGUGGAGUUGAAUCCCAUGGUACAAAUAAUCUAACCUUCAUUUCCUUCCUAGCUAGGUGUUAACUUGUGUUAUCAAUGACUGUUGUAAGUCAAAAAGAAUGUAGAAAAGUGCUCCCAAAUCCUUCUGAAACGUGGACUGUGGUCUGGGAAGAAGCCAUUCAUCUUAAGGGUGAACCAGCUCAGCAACGCUGAAUGGAAAACCUGUUCAUUUUUAAACGUACAGGUGACUGUUUCUAUGGAAAUGGGUUUAUCUAAGACAAGUCUUUGUAUGUCUUGCUGCCAUGAAACACCUUUAAAAGCCUCUUGGUAUUAUGUCCAUAGGGUGUGUGUAGGGUUAAUGACCUAACUUGCCGCAUGUUUGCCCUGAGGGCCCAGGUGUGCGGGAGCAGCUCCCGGCUUGGCUUGACUCAGCUGGUCAUCUGAGAAUCCCAGAAGCGAACCCGAACCCGGGUCAGGGGCUGCAAGACACGCGCCUUCUGAGAAGUAGCCUUAGAGUAAGAAUGCUGUAGUUCCUUCAGACCUGAAUCUCAAACACAAUCUUCCUAGGUUGUGAUGGGGUUGGCUCAAGUUUUGACUGUUAAAAGGAAACUUCUCUUUAACGUAUGAAUAAAUCCUCAAAGAUGUGUUGACAGUAUUGAACUGCCACCAGCCGUUACUGGAAUGGCUGGACAUGUCUAGUAGGUCUCAGAGAAGGACCUCAGGGGCAGUCACACCUGUGCGGUUUCCCUGUUGAACUUUAACACAAUCGUAAGAGUUAUAUUCACGGCAAUGUAAGUUAAUGAACUUUCAGUUUAAAUUGUGUACAUUUUUAAAUUGUAAGAUUUUUACUGUAUAUUGAUGCAUAGUGUGAUUCAAUAAAUUGCUUGUAAUUUAAAAACUAUUUAAUAUUCAAAAUAAAUAUAGUUAUAUAUUUAUAAA